GCAGUUUGAAAAUUUCAACAAUUUACAUACUUAUACGACCAUAAAACUGUUUAGUUUGUUCAAAACAUUGUGAUUGAUAGAUGAAGGAUAAAGUCGUAAAAAAAGAAUGAAAAUAGAGAAGUCGACAAACAAGAUGUAUUCACAACUGUGACGAACAUUAUUCAUUAUGCAAAUUAUGUUAAAAGCUUAAAUAUAAAUCAGGGAAAAAAAACCUGUUUUUACAAUUUUGACAAGGAUGGAAAUUUAAAUAUGAGUCAAAACAAGGAAAGUGUUAAUUCUAGUUCACCACUGACAAGAAAAAUAGGUGUUGGAUUAACGAGGACAAAUUUAAGUCCUGGUUCAAGAGAUGUCUCACAAAGAUCACCGAGGGAUAGACCACUUCUGACGCCAAGUCGAUUGAUAAUUUCUGGGUCAUCCCUAGGAACCAGUCGGACUAAUUCUGAUAGCUAUGCAAGUGGAUACAAUAGACUUGGAGGACUGAAAAACAUCAGUGCACCAAAUGUUAGUUCUAACAUUCUUGGAAGUUCUUCUUUGAAUAGACCUUUAAGAAAGUUGGAUAUUGAUAAAGUACAGGAACCAUCGCUGAGGAAAAAUUUAUCAGCAACAAAUACUGAGGAACUGUUAAAAAAUGACCAAGUAUUAUCUGGAGUAAACGUUCAGAGGUCACAGUCUGCUAAUAGAGGCUACUUUAGCCCCAGUAGGUUUUCACAAACAGAUAGAACUGUUGGCUUAGCAGCAUAUAAGCCUACAAAACAGGAUGAAAUAAUUCAUGAUGUAUCUGAGACUACUUCAACAAAAAUAGAAAAUUAUGACCUUGACCUUGAGCAAGAUGAGGAAGAUGCUAUUGUAGAGGUCAAGGACAGUGUGGAUGGUGCUGAAAAGCUCUGUGUGGAAGUAACCUCUCCAAGUUCACCUAGCAAAGAUUCAGGCUACAAUUCACCAAGAACUAACCCAAAUAUGGAAUCAUUUAAUUCAUCUGUUUUAGGGUCAAGGUCACCUAUCAAAUCUUAUACAGUUGGGAGUGAAUCACCAUUUGAUUUCCAGUCUAGCUUAAACAACUCUUCGUAUAAACCAGAAAGGCCAGUAAGGUCAAAACAUAGUGCUAAGAAAAAGAGUAUAGAUCAACCAGUUCUGAGUCCAAGAAAUAUUGACCAAUCAGAGCAUUUGUCUCAAAGUAUUGACAAAUCUGUAACAUUGUCUCAAACAUCUUCUACACAAUCUCCAUGGCAACAUGGAAACAACACUAUCCAGUAUGAUACCAAUUUAACUGACAUGGUUAAAAAUAAAGAAAUAAAGUCAGAAUAUAACCUUUCAAGGAAAAAUCAACCAGAGGAUUCUGUGUCAGAAGAUAUAGAUCAAAGGUCAAGGUCACAUUUUGUUGAAAAAUCAGAGUCACAAGGUGAGGUGGAUGAAGAAAACACACCAGUUGCUAAACCAAGAGUUCAUAGAAGGCGUACAAGAAGGUCUAUAAGCUUCAGACAUUUGGAGGAUGAUGAGUACAUUGGGUUUGCGUCACUACCGGAGCAGGUACACAGGAAGGCCGUACGUAGAGGGUUUGAGUUUACACUGAUGGUAGUUGGUGAAACCGGUCUUGGAAAAUCAACACUGAUAAACAGUCUGUUUCUGAUGGACCUGUAUAAAGACAGAAAAGUGGAGAAUAUUGAAGAAAGAAUACAAAAAACUGUUGAACUAGAAAAGAAAGAACUUGAGAUUGAAGAACGUGGAGUAAAGUUGAAACUGACUAUAGUUGAUACUCCUGGUUUUAAUGAUGCUGUCAAUGCAGAAGAAAGUUGGAAGCCAAUAGGGAACUAUAUAGACAAACAGUUCGAGACCUACUUCACAGCAGAGAGUGGUCUAAAUCGGAAAAAUAUCCAAGAUACACGAGUACAUUGCUGCCUCUACUUUAUCUCACCGUAUGGUCAUGGAUUACGGCCUGUUGAUAUAAUGGUCAUGAAAAAACUACAUCAUAAAGUAAACAUUAUUCCACUGAUUGCCAAAUCAGACAUGCUAACAAAACCAGAAGUAAAAAGAUUAAAAGAACAGGUAUUAAAAGAGAUAGAGAAACACAGUAUAGAUAUUUACCAGUACCCUGAGUGUGACAGUGAUGAAGAUGAAGAGUUUAAACAACAAGACAAACAACUUAAGAAUUCCAUUCCAUUUGCAGUAGUCAGUAGUAACACUGUAGUUGAGGCUGGUGGUAAAAAAAUACGAGGUAGAAUGUAUCCCUGGGGUAUUGUUGAAGUUGAAAAUCCUGUACAUUCAGAUUUCAUUAAAUUGAGACAAAUGUUAAUAAGCACACACAUGCAGGAUUUGAAGGAUGUAACGUGUGAUGUACAUUAUGAGAAUUAUCGUGCAGAACAUAUAUCUGAACAGAUGACUGGUACUCAACGUGAAAGAGGAAAGUUGAAGAGAGAUUCUGCAGCUAAUUUGGAGUCUUCCCUUGCUACAGAGAAAUUGUUACAGGAAAAAGAAGCAGAGAUUAAAAGAAUGCAAGAGAUGCUGGCAAAAAUGCAAGCACAGUUACAGACAACAAGUCCUAGAGCUAAUGGCAGGGUGGGGCAUGUGUAGCAAUAUAUUUAUAUAUAUAAAUGAUAAAUAUAGAAUAAGAAUACUGGACCAGUUUCAUUUUGUACAAGACUUUAUUUCCACACAAAGGGAAAUGAAAAAAAAAACUUUAAAGUCAUAGUCUUACAAAACAGGGAAAACAAAAUUAUCUUUCCUCCUGCAUU